UGACCCUCGCAGCGUUCCGUACAGACUCAAAGCUACGACUGUUGUGUGUAAACAUGUGGUUUAGAUAGAGUCGUUGUAUUUUAUAGCAAAUAUAUUUUAUUAUUGACGUCCUUGGUAGACUAAUAAGAAAACGUUUGCGUGUUCGUGAAUAACAUGGAGACCGAAAAUCGGCCCAAAAAGCGAUCCCUUGAGGAGGAUGAAAAGUCGGGCUCAGAAGGAUCAGAGGACGAUGACUAUGUACCAUAUGUUCCGGUCAAAAUCAGAAAGCAGCAGAUGCUACAGAAGAUGUUGCGCCUGCGAGGGAAGGCAGUGGACGAGGAGCAGAAAGACAGCGGGGAGGAGCAGCGAGAUGAGGACGAGGGUCUUGGUCCACGCUCCAAUGUCAGUCUCCUCGACCAGCAUCAGCACCUCAAGGAAAAGGCAGAAGCCCGUAAGGAGUCGGCCAAGGAGAAGCAGCUGAAAGAGGAGGAGAAGAUUCUUGAGAGCGUUGCAGAGGGCAGAGCUCUGAUGUCGGUCAAGGAAAUGGCCAAAGGUAUCAUAUACGACGAUCCCAUAAAAACAAGCUGGAAGGCACCACGCUACAUACUGAACAUGCCAGACACCAGGAACGAACGCGUCAGGAAGAAGUUUCACAUCCUGGUUGACGGAGACGGCAUCCCUCCUCCAAUCAAAAGCUUCAGGGAGAUGAAGUUUCCACCAGCGAUUCUGAAAGGCUUAAAAAAGAAGGGAAUCGUCCACCCAACACCAAUCCAAAUCCAAGGAAUUCCUACAGUUCUGUCGGGACGAGACAUGAUUGGCAUCGCCUUCACGGGAUCCGGAAAGACUCUGGUCUUCACUCUGCCCAUCAUCAUGUUCUCCCUGGAGCAGGAGAAAAGGCUGCCCUUCUUUAAGAGAGAGGGACCGUACGGGCUCAUCAUCUGUCCUUCACGAGAGUUGGCGAGGCAGACACAUGGCAUCAUCGAGUAUUACUGCAAGCUGCUGGAGGAGGAAGGGGCUCCUCAGCUGCGCACUGCCCUCUGCAUCGGAGGAAUGUCUGUCAAGGAGCAGAUGGAGGUCGUAAAACAUGGUGUCCACAUGAUGGUCGCCACCCCUGGGAGAUUGAUGGACUUGCUGCAGAAGAAGAUGGUGAGCCUUGAUAUAUGCCGCUACUUGGCUCUGGAUGAAGCUGACAGGAUGAUCGACAUGGGUUUUGAGGAAGACAUCAGGACCAUUUUCUCCUAUUUCAAGGGACAAAGGCAAACCCUGCUCUUCAGCGCCACCAUGCCCAAGAAGAUCCAGAACUUUGCCAAGAGCGCGCUCGUCAAGCCGAUCACUAUUAACGUGGGCAGGGCCGGAGCUGCCAGCUUGGAUGUCAUCCAGGAAGUGGAGUACGUCAAAGAGGAGGCCAAGAUGGUGUACCUCCUGGAGUGUCUCCAGAAAACACCACCUCCAGUGCUGCUGUUCGCUGAGAAGAAGGCUGACGUCGAUGCCAUCCACGAGUACCUGCUGCUUAAAGGAGUAGAGGCAGUGGCUAUACACGGAGGAAAAGACCAGGAAGAAAGAACAAAAGCCAUAGAAGCAUUCAAAGAAGGAAAGAAGGACGUCUUGGUCGCCACAGAUGUCGCCUCCAAGGGUCUGGACUUUCCGGCUAUUCAGCACGUAGUGAACUACGACAUGCCUGAGGAGAUAGAAAACUAUGUCCAUAGAAUUGGAAGAACGGGACGAUCGGGCAAGACUGGCAUUGCCACAACGUUCAUCAACAAAGGCUGCGACGAGUCCGUGCUGAUGGAUCUGAAAGCUCUGCUCGUGGAAGCCAAGCAGAAGGUUCCCCCGGUCCUCCAGGUCCUCCAGACGGGAGACGAGACCAUGCUGGACAUCGGGGGGGAGCGGGGCUGCACGUUCUGCGGUGGUCUCGGUCAUCGUAUCACAGACUGCCCCAAGCUGGAGGCCAUGCAGACCAAGCAGGUCACCAACAUCGGACGCAAAGACUACCUGGCUCAUAGCUCGAUGGACUUUUAAAGGCUUUAUCAGAGGCAAGAUUCUCGGCAGCUAGACGGAACUAAGAGACAUUUCUGAAGAAACUGUGCAGCUGCGUGUCACUCCCUGAAGGAAGUGUGCUCAGUUAUCACCUCAGAUAGUUUUCCGAUCUGUUAGACGAUUGCGGACCUUUGUAUGAAACCUUUUUAUGCACCAGUUGUAAAUAAAACCACUAUAUUUGUUAUUGAUCUGA